AUGCAAGCCCAAGUUUUCAGGCGUCGCAACCAGGCCCCCGGUUUCGGGCUGCAGGAAGACCUCAAGGCAAUUAGCGAGUGCCUGGAUCCGAAGCCGAUCCCUACACCAUCCGAAGAUCCCGAACAAGUCAAAUCCACCAGCGACACCAUCACGCUCGAGUCCUUCACCUCGCAGGACGCCUACGAGCUGGGCCACCUGCUGCACGCGCGCCUGCACCCGAUCGCGCGGUGGCAGGGGAGGCCGACGCUCGUGUCCAUCUCGCUCGCCAGCGGCCAGGUGCUGUUCCAGUGCGCCGUGGGGAGCGGCACGUCGCCCGACAACGAGCGCUGGGUGGCCCGCAAGCGCAGCACCAUCCUGCGCUGGGGCUGCAGCACCUGGCUCAUGCACUGCAAGUACGCCGGCGACGAGGACAAGUUUCGCGCAAAGUUUGGCAUGUCCCCCGACGAGGCCGCCGGGUACGCCAUCCACGGCGGCGGCUUCCCCAUCCGCGUCAGGGGCGUCGAGGGCGUCGUCGCCGUCGUCGUCGUCAGUGGGUUGAAGCAACACGAGGACCACGGCGUCAUUGUCGAGACCCUCAUGGAACACUGGGAGCCUGUGUCUACGUAA